UUGCUGGCUGGCAUCCUCGCCACUAACCCCACUCCUAUCGAUUUCAACGCACUCGCGGAGUACAUGGGCGAUGGAGUUACUGCUUGUGCUGUUCGCCACCGCGUCACUCGCCUUCGGGCUAAGGCUGCGGAGCUGAACGAUGGCAGCGGAACCUCUGCUCCUGCUUCGCCAGUGGCCAAGAAGCGCCAGCGCAGCAUCACAAAGAAGUCUUCGAAGGUCGCUGCCGCUCAGUCCAAGGAAGUCGGUACUGAGUCUGCCGGAGAAGGCCCGGUCCCAAAGGAUGAGGAAACCGACAGCGCGGAUGUGAAGGGCAAGAAGCGCAAGAUCAAGCACGAGGAUACCGAGGAUGCCUGCUUCAUCAAAGAGGAGGAAGCUACCUCUGACCUAUAA